CUUCCAGCUUCUCAGUUUGAGUGUGCGAGGCGGGCCGUCCGACUGCUGUUUGCCCUUCAUGACUCAGAGGAGCAGUACAUAAAAGCGGGAACAGAGCCGGCCGGCUGUAUGAUAGCCGUAUAGUCUGAUCUGUGGAGGAAUCGGCGGCGAAAUUGGCCACUUUAUAAGCAGACGGUGCAUUUCACAGCAGAAACACGGGAUCGGCGCCGGAUCCAUGAGUUUGCGGGGAGAUCCGCGUACGGAGCCGCGGGGAAAGGACGAUGGAUUCGGACAUGGGGAUCGCUGUUAUUCGCAGCUGCUCGACGCCUCCCUGGAUGCAGAGCUUAAAUCCUUCCUGAUCGACGAAGAUGAGCUGCACACCUACGAUGAUCUAACCAAAGUUAACCCUGUGACCCCCAGCACAGUGCUGAAAUGUCUCCAGGCAAGGUAUUCCGUCAAGGUCUUCUACACUCACGCUGGCUGCACUCUGGUGGCUCUGAAUCCAUUCCAGCCCAUUCCUCAUCUGUACUCCCCAGAGGUGAUGAAGGAGUACCACUGUGCUCGACAGCCUCAGGAAUUCAAACCACACAUCUUCGUUGUGGCCGAGGAGGCCUACCGAAAUAUUCAGGGCCAGGUGGAACCAGUGGACCAGUCGCUGGUGGUCAGUGGGGAGAGUGGUGCAGGAAAGACUUGGACAACCCGCUGUCUUAUGAAGUACUACUCUACCAUUGCGGCUUCCUCCUCCCAAAAAUGCCAGAAUAUGAUCGAGAGAAUAGAGAAACGGGUUCUCGAUUCCAACCCCAUCAUGGAGGCUUUUGGCAAUGCUUGCACUUCAAGGAACAACAACAGCAGCCGCUUCGGAAAAUAUAUCCAGCUCCAGCUAAACACAUCACAGCUGCUGGUUGGAGCCUCUGUUCAAACGUACCUUCUGGAGAAGACCAGGGUAGUUAAGCAAGGUGCCGACGAGAGGAAUUUUCACAUAUUCUACCAGUUGAUGAAAGGGGCUACAGAAGAACAGAGGAAAGAGUGGAAGCUACCGAGAGACCAACAUUUCAUCUGGCUGCCGAACGCUGAAAGAACGCUGGAGGAGGACUGUUUUCAGGACACAGUGGCUGCAAUGGGCCACAUGGGCAUUGCCACGGAGACACAGGGACAGAUGUUCCGGAUGCUGGCAGGUCUCCUUAAUCUUGGCAACGUGACCUUCUGCCCGUCAGCUGAUGAGUCCCAGCCCUGUGACCUCCAGGAAGAAUCCACAGGCUUCCUGCAGGCCGCUGCCUCCCUCCUGCUCGUCUCAGCGGAGGAGUUAGAGUCCUGCCUGAAGCUGAGGGUCCUGCGGGCCGGGAAACAGAGUGUACUCAAGCCGUGCUCUCGGGAGGAGUGCGGUAUCCGGCGGGACUGCCUGGCCAAGCUUAUCUAUGCCCGCGUUUUUGACUGGUUGGUAGCGUUCAUCAAUAAAAGCAUGUGUGCUGGCUCAUCCAGCUGGUGCAAUUUCAUAGGUCUGCUGGACGUCUACGGCUUCGAAUGCUUUGUCCUGAACAACCUGGAGCAGCUGUGCAUCAACUAUGCCAACGAAAAGCUGCAGCAGCAUUUUGUGGCCCAUUACCUGAAAGCCCAGCAGGAGGAGUAUGUGUCGGAGGGGUUAGUGUGGUCCUUCGUCCAGUACCAGGACAACCAGAGCUGCUUGCACCUGCUGGAGGGUAGCCCCAAAGGCAUCUUCUCUCUGCUCAAUGAGGAGUGCCGCCUCAACCGGGGCACCGAUUCUCAGCAGUUCAGGAGGCGCCUGCAGAGGGAGCUGUCUGGGAACGCUUGCAUGAGCUGGGAUACAUUCAGCAAGCAGCCACACUUCACCGUGUCCCACUAUGCCGGCAGAGUCAGCUACCAGAUCGAGGGAAUGGUGGAGAAGAACAGGGAUCCUGUCCCUCCAGAGCUCAUACACAUGCUUCAGGGGUCUCAGGACUCGCUGCUGCAGAGUCUCUUCGCUGACAGUAAUGCAGAUGACAGCAGUGGCAGGGGACACACCAAAGUGGUCACCGUAGUCUCCAAAUUCAAGAACUCGCUUGAGAGCUUGAUGAAGAUCCUGCACAGCACUACACCUCACUACACCAGGUGUAUUAAGCCCAACCCAGAAUGCAGACCACUGACGUUUAAGAAGGAGGAGGUUAUUCUUCAGCUGGAAGCUUGUGGCAUUGUGGAAACCAUAAAUAUCAGUGCAGCUGGUUUUCCCAUCCGGAUCCCUCACUUGUGUUUCCUCAAACGUUAUGGGCUGAUGGUCAACUCCAAGAUUUCGUCUCAGCCAGUGGAGGAAAACGUGCCGGAGGCUGGCAGUGACACCGUGGCCCGUGCCGUUGUCGCAGUUCUCAACAUGGUGCUGAGAUGCCAUUCCCUGGAGCUGUUGAGCUACCCUGGAAAGAGGACACACGGUUCUUUGGUGCACUGUGGAGAGACCAAGGCCUUCCUGACGCACUUUAUGCUUGAGCUCCUGGAGGACCACAGGGGCCGAGUGCGAUCCCAAAGGGCCUUCGUGAUCCAGUGCUGCUGGCGUCAGUACUGCCGAAGGAAGCGCAAAGCCCAGGCGCGCGCCGCCGCCAGGAUUCAAGCCGUCGUGCGAUCCUGGUUGGUCAGAAAAGAAGUUCUAAGAUGGUGCCGAGCCGCCACCAUCAUCCAGAGGCAAUGGAAGGGAUGGAGAGCUCGAAUGGAAGCCCUGGCUGAGGCCGAGUUGGAUGACGUCAUGGACACGGAGAAGACAUCCUGGGGCUGCACCAUUAGAGACAGGGUGUCCUUGCAGUUGUCCACCCACCAGGAGCCUGUGAUUUUCUGGGCAUGGCCGGUUGGACUUGCCCUGGCAUCAGCCCCCACUGUCACAGUGACCAUGACUGUCACCAACAUCCAGAAGAUGGUGUCCUUGUUGGCUUGUCUAAAGCUAUCCUUUCGAAGGCACAAUUACAAAGUGGAAACCAGUCAGUUUGAGCAGGGGGUGGCCUCGAUCAGAGCACAGCCGCAGGAAUCCAUUAAGUUCCACUUCCAACGCUCCCCACUUCCAUAUGCUGACACCCAUCCCGCAAAGAGAGGAGUCACUGGCUUCAACCAGAUCCUGCUGAAGAAAACAUGAAAUGCAUUUUUUUUCUUUUAAAUCGUAUCCCUUUUACCUGCAUCGCUUUCUUAAGAAGCGACUCACUGCUGGAGAUUUUUCCAGAGCUGCAUUUGAACUUAUUUUUUCUGAAAAGUAACCAGUAUUGUUACUCUCAGGCUGAUUAGAUCACACUAAAUUGCCUUUAUGUCUAUGCCUUUCGUCGGGUGUGGUUUGCUGUUCCAGUUCCCCUAGCUGCUUGUCUAUUACACUACAGUGCUUCAUAGCUACAGUUCAAAACUCUAUUUCUAGAUGUUUCUUUUAAAGUUUUAAACAUUAAGGUUAAACCAUAGUAAAAUCAUUUUAAAAUGACAUAAGAACAGUGAUCUGUAAAACUGACAAAAAGUUGGUAUGAUUUAAUACCUGAGAUUUAUUUAUUCUGUACACUGAAUAUGCCGUGUAGAAAAUGUGUUUCAAAAUGUAAUCCUUACUCCCUCACGGGGUCGGAUGGUACAUGCUAUAUUUGCAUGGUUCAGUAAUUAGCGAUAUACUAAUUACCUUGUUACUGCACACUACAUAAACCAUAGAAUCUGGUGAAAACCAGCAAAGUACAGGUAAUAGGUAUCUACAUCUUCUCGUAUCUCUGGCUUAGAAAGAAAACUAGGCUUUGGAAAUAGAAGACAGGAUAACAAAUGUCGAUACUGUGCUGUGUUCAGGGAACAGGUGUGGUGCAUAAUGAUUAAAUUAUGAAUUUAUACAUGCAUCUGGCAUAUACACAUGUACAAGUAAAGAGUGUUUGCCUUGGCAUAGUGCCCCAUCAGUAGCUUGUUAGUAUUUUCAGCCUUGUUUUCCCGCAUGCAGGUAAUGGUGAACCUGUUCAUUAGGAUACAAUUAAUUUAGAAACAUUGUUAUACUAUAUUUUCCAAAUGAGCAAUGGGAAUUAUGAAAAUUGACCAAACCAACCUUCGUACUCAGGUAAAACCAAAUAUGUUUACCACAAAGUUGUCAUUUUAUGUCACCAAAGUAGGGGUGGAUUCUGUUAAAUGUGUGUGAUACCCUGGUUAGAUCAUGAAAGCUAUUUAGUUUUAAUAAACCAUUGACUUCUAUGUACUGAUUUUGCAGCAACUGAUUGAUAAUAAAUGCAUCACUAUUGCACCAGUGAUAUAUUCUUUAGACUGCUAAUCAUCAAAUAAAGAUUUGAGAUGCUCUACCUUAAUAACUGUAACAGGCGCUGUGAUCAUUCACUUCUGCUGGAAAGUUGUACUUUUAAAGCUUCUAAUUAAUGCUUCCCAAAGCAGGUCUCAUUAAAUUCCCCUAAAAUUAAAAUAAUUACCUGUUUUAAAGGUGCCAUAGAAUGAAAAUCUGACUUCACCUCAGCCGAGCUGAAUAAGGCGAAUUACAUGGAACUGACAUGCCAUGGAUCUCAAACACUGUUGUUUCCCUUUUCCAAAAAAAUCCUAGACUUAUACAACAGCCUUAACUAUGCCCCCAAACUUAACAUUCACCAGGCCACUUUCAAGCCCAAUGGAUUUGCACAACGCGCAACACAUUUUCUUUCUCAAGGGUCAUGCGUGCGUAGUAUCCAAAAGUGCACCUGUUGAAGAAAAAACAUAUGUACUGGCAGCCAUUGACAUGUUACUAGCAGGCUAAGAAGGUAAGACCUAUUCAGGUUAGCAGGGGAGUAGUAAACAACAUUACAAAGUCUGUAACUCCGACAUUGACAAGAAGCUUCUGCACUGCCUGUAGCUUACUUUUGGUUAUCUUAAUACAUAUCAAAUCAGCA